CCUCCACCCUCCCGCCUCACAGCCUUUGCCCGGGACCCAAAAUGAAUCCAGCACUCUUUGUGCGCUCAGCCGCGCGAAGAAGUUUGGUCAAUCGCUCGCUGCGAUCGUUCGCUACGAGACCGCCAACACCAUCCCAGGCAUCUCAACUCAAAGACUCACUUUCGCCCCCGCCUCAAGGCAAUGGGGCGGCGGCCGGGGAGCCAGAAACCGUCUCGGAGCGGGUCAUAGUGGAAGAGCCUGCCGUUUCCUCUCUGCCUAGCCUAGAUUUUGCUCCCGGAGAGGAACCACACCGAGAACGGACAGGCGCAAAGUCUUCUAAGGACUCACUGUCUAGUAUUGAGCGCAAGCGUCGCUUUUGGAGUCGAGUGUCGGUAGGCAUCGUGAUUUUCGGGACGGCAGCGGCCGCAUGGCACGCUGGCAGGGAGUGGGAAGAAUAUGAGCUGAAGGAGAUGCGUAUGAAGCGCGAGGACGCGCCAGAUACACGAUGGGGAAGGACGCAGAUGCGCUUUAAAAGCUUGUUUGGUACAUUUACCGAACCACUCUGGAAUGAGCUCCUGCCACCGCCCCUUCCUCCUCCUCAUCAGAAGCCCUACACUCUCCUCGUCUCUGUGGAUGACCUCUUAGUGACGUCAACAUGGGAUCGUCAACACGGUUGGCGAACAGCUAAGCGUCCCGGUGUUGACUACUUUUUGGCGUACCUCUCGCAAUUUUACGAGAUUGUCAUUUUUACGACUCAAUUCCACUACACUGCUUUGCCGAUCAUCGAGAAGCUCGACCCGUACCAGUUCUUUAUUGGCUACAAGCUCUUCCGUGAUGCGACGAGGUCGAUAAAUGGCACGCCCGUCAAGGACUUGUCCUACCUGAACCGAGACUUGUCAAAAGUCAUCAUGCUUGAUACUCAUCCGGAACAUGUGUCUGCUCAACCUGAAAACGCCAUAAUUCUGCCGAAAUGGACAGGCCAAUCGGGUGACAAAGGUCUCAUCGCCAUGAUUCCGUUCCUAGAAUCUAUUGCCAUCUACAAGCCUCAAGAUGUUCGACCUAUCCUACAAACUUACCAUGGGAAAGACAUACCGAUCGAGUAUGCAAAGAACGAAGCUGAGGCGAAGCAGAAGCAUAUCGAGGAGUGGCAGAGCGGCCGCAAGAGCCUAUCGUCGAGCGGUUUUACCUUCAGCGGGCUCUUCGGCGGCACCCGAAAAGAUGACUCGCCUGUUCCUCCAACUUACCUUGAACAGAAGCGGCGCGAGGCCCAGCAGAACCAUCGAGAUGAGCAGGCAUACAUCGCCGCCAACAAGGCCAACUUUGACAAGCUGCUUAAGGAAGAGCAGGAAGCGUAUGAGAAGCAGAUGCCGAGCACUUUCUGGGGCGCGAUUAGCGCCUUCACCGGCCAGCCACCACAGCAGGGACAGCCUAGUGCGCUGCCCGCCGAUCAGAGCCAAAGCCAGCCUCCGGCGAAGAGCAUUUAGAAGUCUCGUCGCACGUAACAUCAGUGCGUCGCUCAGAUCCACCACUCACACGAUUCUCAACUCCCAGUCUUGCUCGGCGGUUUGGCUAUGUCCCACGUCGCUGCAAGUGGUGGAGUCCACACGCAUAUCUACUGUAUUACGCCCUAAUGCUACCAGCAAAUACAGCCACAUUUGCUCUUUACCAGACAGUUUUAGACAGCACCUGAGCAAUAUCCUGCGCCCAGAUCUCCUGUGCGGCACUGGAGGAGUGGUAGUUGUUACCCCAGAAGUCGCCCGGGUUGCCGUACGAGGUGUUAUCGACAAAGCCGUACGCCGUCGGAUCGCUCAGUACGGUCGAGAACGCGGCAUUUGAGUCCCAGAGCCAUGUCUGUACGCCGGUGUUGUUUCCUUCCAACCAUUGUGCGCGCUGGGCGAGCUUAGUGUUGAAGCCAGCGAUGACGGAUGCCUCGAGGUCCUGCGCGGACGCGCCUUGCGCUACCAUCAAGGGAGAGUUGUUAAUCGCCGGCACGUUGAUGAACAGGAAGUUCCGCGCUCCGACAUUGCUAGAUGAUCAGUGAGUAUGACACAUCGGCUGAAGGCUCGAGAGCCACACACAGGACAUCUUCAACCAGAGCGAAAUAUGCGUCCAACAAUGUGUCGGAGAACGCAUCACGCGACCCGCUCUCGUAGUAGGAGUUUCCGAUAUCAUUGAUACCGAUCCAGAACGAGAACAUCGAGUUUGCACUCGCCCACGGAGUAGUAGCUGGCUUGUUCGCGACAGUACCUAGGAACUCGUUCACCUGAUCCGUCAUGGACAGCACGGUCGGCUCAUAUGGCGUCACGAGUGAGGCAUCGAUCGUUGCGCCACCGUACGCGUAAUUGUAGGUGAGGAUGAGCGAAUUGUUGUAUUUGACCGUCACCUCGUCGAUCCAGUUCGUGCCACCGACGGCGGUGUAACCCGGGAACGGUGGAUUGCCGAGGGGGUUUCCGGGAGCAGGGAGCGUGCCAUUGUCCACAAAGCCCGUCUGGGUGUAGGAAUCGCCGAAACUAAACCAGUAAUUUGCGUUGAGGGCAGAUGGGGACGUGGGUUGCGCAGGUGAGACCGACGAAAUCGAAGUCGCUGACGUUACCGGGGCCGAAGUGGCGAUGCCAGGAAGACACUGGAAGUAAUAGUCAUUCUGUUCUGUACAGACGGUGCCGGCAACGCAGGUGAUGGCACCAGUCCAACCAAUGCCGCCACAUUGCUGCCACUCGCCCUGCUGGGCAGCAGCAUAAGCCAGAAGCGCAGACACGAUGAACCCGAGUGUAAGCUUCAUUUAGA